AAAACUAAAUGACUGGCUCGGCACUCUUAUCUCUCAUAACCCGGCAUUAUAACAUUUUAAACAUUGUUGCUAAACGACAGACCGACAGAGAACACCAAGGUCCAUCACUGUUAAUAUUAUAUAGCCUUUGAACUUGAAUGACAAUGGGACAGACCUCAUCAUCUUCUGUUGAUAUGAACUCCAAGGAAGCAAAGUACAUAGGAGAAAUGAUACAUGAUCACUGUGUUGUAGUUUUCUCAAAGCAAUAUUGCCCGUACUGUAAAAUGGCUAAAGAUGUAUUCAAUGAUCUACAAGCUAAAUAUGAAGUGGUGGAACUCGAUCAAAGAGAUGAUGGAGCUCAAUUACAGAACAUACUUAGUCACAUGACUGGUGCAAGAACUGUGCCCAGAGUAUUUGUGAGAGGGAAGUGUAUAGGAGGUGGAACAGAAACAAAAUCAUUACAAAAAUCUGGAAAAUUGGAGCCUAUGCUAAGAGAGUGCGGAGCACUCUAAUUAUGACAUAUUCUGUUGGCAUGGCAACUCACAGCCUUAUAAAUACACUGUAAAUAUUCAUAAAGACUUGUGCUUGGAUCAAUAUUUGUUGAAAUUUGAAGCAUUAUAUUGAGUAUUGACCACAAUGCAUCAUGGACAUUACUUUAAACUUGUAAAUAGUUGUGUGAAUUAUAUAUUUUAAUUGAGAUGUUUUUAUACAUUUUAGUCAAUUACUUUAUGAAUUACAAUUACAACAAGUUUCUGACAUGUUUUUAUGACCUAACAGUAGUGUAACUGUAUUUUAUAAUCACAGCCAAUACUUGCCGGGCAAGAUUUUUAGACUUUAUUUACAUUUCUUUCUUCUUUAUAAUUGAUAUGCAAACGUGAGAAAUGGACAUUAUUGUGUUUAUGUAAGAGUUAUA